CCAUCUUGUUCAAAAUGCCAUCCUCACGUGAAUUAAAUAAACAAUUCAUCGAAGGCAAACACAUUGAUGACUAUGACGAUACAAAUAAGAAAUCAACAACGAUGGGAGGACCAGGAUCACAAUGGAGGAUGAUGAAAUUAAGACGGAUUUACGAAGCUGCAGAAGAAGAAGGUAGAGAAGUGGAAGAAAUCGCUUUAGAACGGUAUGGAAGCAUGGAAGCAUUUAACGAAGCAAGAAUGGAGAGGCAAUACAUUGAUGAUCAAGAAAAAGGUAGGAGAGAACGCAAAGGUAUAAAAGCAUCGGGUACGGCUUCAUCUUCCGUACAAAGCUCGCGUGCUUCUUCAAGGCAGUCAUCAUUUCGCAAACCUGGCGAGGAUUCCACUCCUUCUACUCCCGGUGCAUCAAAUAAUGUACCCAUAGCAAGCUCCUUACGUCGGGAAGUUUCACAAGCUGGAUCAUCAAAAAGCUCGACACCAAUUCCCAGUGUAUUCGAUCCUACUGUACAGCGAAAUGAUGAUCAGGUAAAACAAUCAAUCCAAGGAGCGAUUAACGAAUCACAAACAGAUUUGCUAAAUUCCACUCCGGCCCUCAGUGUUGCAGCACUAAACAAGCUCUCGGCUAAAGUGAUGAGAGCUGAAAUGAUGGGAUCUGCAAAUGCUGUUGAACUUCGAGCGGAAUACGAAAGAGAGAAAGCAAAAUCAGAAGCAGGAGGCGAUCUUGGAUUCAGCAAAGUGGCUACUCAUCGGGCAGGUGAAGAUGGAAGGACGUCAUCCAAUACACAAAUACAGGUUCUACCUACGCUAGAUGGAAGAGGUCGAUUGUACGAUGUUGGAACAUCGAAAGAUAGUGGUCAAGAAGCAAUGAUGAGCAAAAGCGCUAAGCGAAAGAUGAACAAUUUCGAAACUCGUGAUGGAAAGACGGGAAAGAUUGUACGCUAUAACGCUGACGAUGAUGAAAAGACGUUGGAAGAUCUAGUACGGGAAGAAAGAUUCAGUGCAGGAUCAGCCAAUCAAAAGGAUAUGGAUGCACAGAUGGCCGAUCGAAUAAUGAAUGAUAAAACGUUCAAGAAUGAAGUUGAUUACAUGGAUGAAAACGUUGAAAAGCUUGGACGUAAAAAGAUGAAAAGUGAUGCAAUGAAAAGGAUGUUUGCAAUUCAAGAUUUUGCAAAAACCAAAAAAGCCUUGGAUUCGUGUGAAUUUUGUUGGCAAGAUGAUCGUCAGCCUAGAGCGACUGUGAUCAGUAGCGGUACAAGAGCUUUUUUGACUAUGCCCGAACGAGAACCUUUGGUUGCAAGACAUUGUUGUAUUGUGCCUAUGCAACAUCACUUAAGCAUGCUGGAAGCUGAUGACGAUACGUGGGAAGAAGUGAAGAAUUUCAUGAAAUGCCUAAUUCAAAUGGAAGCCAAGAAUGGUAAUGGAGUCAUAUUUUUCGAAACGGUAAAAUCUCUCAGACAUCAAAAGCAUUCUCUCAUAGAAGCUGUGCCAUUGGAAAAAGGUUUAUUCACUCAAAUGCCCGGCUAUUUUCGUCAAUCGAUCAUCGAACAAAGUGAUGAUUGGAGUCAAAAUAAAGGUUUGAUUCAAUUCUCAAAAGAGAGACCAUUCAGAAAUUCCAUGGUUCCUGAUUUGCCAUACUUUAUGGUUCAAUGGGAUCAUCGUGGAGAGAAAGGAUAUGGUCAUGUGAUCGAAGAGACGGGUGGAAAGGGAAAAGGAAGAGAUGACUAUGGCGGUGAUGAAGACUUAAAUCAAGGUGGUCUUAGCGGUGAAAAGGGGGAGUUUCCACAAUGGUUUGCAUGCGAGAUUAUAGGAACAUUAUUGGACUAUGAGCCAAAGAGAUGGAGAAAGCCAAGAAGAUUACAGAGUGACGAAUUGCAAAAUUUGUUAAAAUCGUUUCGUUCACAAUGGACUCCAUUCGAUUGGACAAAGAUGCUUGAAAGUUGAAAGCAGAUUAUGUAAUGUAGUGUAAGAACAAGUUGUAUGAUAACUGAUAAUGACUUUUUUUAUGAUCAACGCGCGGGCUAUCUUUUUUUUCUAGUUUCGGCACGUCAGGUACAGUUCGGCACGUUCGGCACGUUAGUCAAAGCCACUCGUACAUCAUUUCGGCACGUUGAAGACGAUCAUAAAGCGUAUUAAUAGAAUCAAGGAAAAAAAACUUUCCCAUGUCUCGCAUCCGUUGAUUGAAAUUGGAAUUAUGCACGUUUAGUUGUCUGGAGUACAUCUUUGUGCAGCAGACUAAAAAAGAAUGUCGAGAUAUGUAAGUGUAUAUACGGAGAAAGAUGAUUGAAAAACGAAAGUAGCUAUGUAUAGCAUCAAUCAGAUUAAGUACAUUCAGAUGCAUUGCAUAUCCUCCAUGUAAAAUAGGGACCUAAUUCAGAGACAUUUCAAAAGCGAUCA